AUGAUGGACCAGCAAGAACCUCCUUCCCCUCAACAACAACAAGAUCAAAGAGAUGAAAGUCCGAGCAGCACUACAAGUAGCCCGAACAAUAGUCCAAGUAGUAGCGGUUGGGUGUUGAAGAAGAAAUCCAUCUUCGGUUCCUUAGAACCAAUAACUCAAGUAUCGCAUGAUGAUGUAAAUGAAAUAGAUAAGGAUGAAGUAAUCAGGAGAUUACAGCAGGAAGCUGUAGUAGCCAAAGAACAGCAAGCUACCUCUACCGAACAGAUGAAUUCUCUCUCCGAAAAAUUAGCCGACUCAUUGGAAGACCUAUUCAAUGCAGAUAUAGAGUUAAAGCAGGUAAAAACAGAUCUCGAAACCAAAAAUGAAGAGCUUGCACAUUUUUCUCGUAAAAUUGAAGAGAAAGAGCAGCUUGCAGAAACAUUGAAUCUUGAAUUGUUGCAGGCGAAAUCGGAGAUUGAAAGCCUUAAGGUUGAGCUUUCCAUCAACUCUGAAAAUCUACGAGUUUGUACAAGCCAAGUUACCAAAAACAACCUUCAAGUAGAAAGUCUUAGCUCUCAAAUAUCUGAAACUUCCGAAGAAUUGAAUAGAGCCAUCAAAACAGUUUAUGUCAAAACCCAGGAAGUUGAAAACCUUAAAUCUCAAAUUGAGGAGAUCUCCAAGCAACUAGCCCAAAAAACACUCGCCCUUGAUGAGUCAACAAAGCAACUCCAAGAUACUACACAAGCGCUUAACACUCUCAAAGACAACAUGCGUACUCUGGAAACCACGUUCCAAGAAACAUCAACGACUCUCAACAAUACAGUUAUUGAGCUUGAAUUGCAACGCGAACUUGUUAGUGCACUCUCAAAGAAGCUUGAUACUAAGGACGGUGAAUUGGCUAGUACUGCUUUUGAGCUAGGCGAGUACAAAGAAAAAUAUUCCGUUGCACAGCUAUCUUUGGAAAAAACAUCUCAAGAACUCUCUGAAACCCAAGACCAGCUCCAAGCUGCAUCCGAGCGACUAUCGCAACUUCAAAAAGCUCUGGAAGACUCAACCUCAAAUCUUUCUAAAGCACUCAGCGAGUUAGAGGUUACAAAGGAAGAUCUAAAGCAAAAAACGUUGCAUCUUGAGUCGAGCCAAAAAGAGUUGGAAUAUACCUCUUCAGAGUUGUGCACGGUUAACCUGAAACUAGAGCAGGCAUCAAAUGAAGUGGCAACAGUAACAGAAAAAUAUAACUCAACAUGCCAAACAUUAACACAAGUAGGCAAAGAACUUUCAGAAAUGAGCGAAAGCUAUGCUGUGGCAAACACUUCCCUUUUGCAAGCCCAACAAGAACUAUCCCAAAUAACUGAGAAAUAUGAAGAAUCAAUGGGAUGUUUAGAAAAAGUAUCUAGAGAACUUUCAGAUACAAAGAACGAGCUCAGAGAUACCUCCUCACAACUAACGUUUACAAAAGAGCAGUUAUUUCAAUCAAUGGGAGAAUUGGAGACGUCAUCCAUGAAGUUGAAUGAUUCGUUGAGGGACCUAGAAUUUACCAAGGACCAACUUAACCGAACUAAGCAAGAGCUUGAUUCUGCUCAAAACGAGCUCAAUAUCUCUAAAAGUGAAUUAAUAGAGACAAAGCGAAAUUUAACUGAAGCAUUAACAACCGUAGACCUAUACACAAUUGAAAUCUCUCAAAAGAUUGAACAGCUGACUGACUUGCAGGGGGUUCUGAAAAAAACUUUAGAGUCUCUAUCGGAGACAGAAGAAAAGUUCAAUAACACUGUCGUUGAAUUGAGGAGAAGUGAGGAAAAAUAUGAACUAAAGGUCAAAGAGUUGCAAGAUACAAAGGACAUUCUUUGUUCUACAAAGACAGAUCUUGACGAAGCAAAGUAUCAGCUCUCCACUACCGCCGAAGAGCUUGCGGUAACAAAAUUGGAUUUAGCAAAUGCAACAAAAAAUCUUGAGGCAGCAAGAGACGAACUUAAGCAAUCUAACUACACCCUUAAUUUGACAACUGAAACGUUGAAAUCGACACAGGAAGUUCUCGACUCAACUAGAACAACUUUAGACUCUACCAAUAUCUCGCUUGCCGAGACUCAAAAAAUGUUAAAAAUUACAACAGAAGAGUUAUUAACUAAAACUACCAAUUUAGAACAAACAGAAAUUGAACUGGUUGAUACUAAACGUAAUCUACAAAAUACAACAGAGCAACUAGAGCAAUGUAAGCAAAAUUUAGAGUCUACAACACAGACACUUUGUCAAAGCCAGAAAAAGCAACAAGAGACCCAAGAUAAUCUUGAUGUAGUUAAACAUGAAUUGUCUAUCAUAAGUGAAGAGCUUGUUAUGAUUAAAGAAGAGAAAGAAAUUGUGUCCAAAAACUUAGAAGAAACGACAGAGAUUUUAAAAAUCAAAACUGAAGAGCUCUCCUCCACAACGACUGCUCUUCAGUUGUCUCAAACUGCAUUGACGUUAAAAAUCGAUGAGCUUCAAACAAUGCAGCAGAUGGUCGAUGCUACAAAUACGGAACUCUCAAAUACAAAGAAAGAGCUAUUAAUGUGCAAAUCCAGCCUUAAGCUUGUGAGUACUAAUCUCACAAAUGCAAAGAAUGUUAUUGAAACCAUUCAACAAGACCUUGCUCAUGCCAAUGCUUCGUUGAAGACCACCACUGAAGCAUUAGACAUGACAACUCGACAGCUUACUGAAUCUAUCGAGUCGCACAAUUUUACGCGGACGGAGCUAUCAGUUACACAAGAAGCUCUUGUUGAAACAAAAGAAAAGUUGGAAAAAACUAAAUUUGAGUUGUCACAAACAACAGACAUACUUACAGAAACGCAACUUGCUUUUGAAAGUAUAACUAAGGAGAGAAAUUUGUUGUCAGAGGCUCAUGAAGCCACAAAGAGCGAGCUCUAUGCAUCAAACCGAGAUUUAGAGGAUACAAAAUUGCUUUUAGAACAAACACAGUUAGAGCUAUCUAAGGUCAACGAAGUCUUAAGCAUCACUAACGAGAAAUUGGUUCUAAAAGAGAAAGAAUUGCAAGAGUGUAUUGAAGCUCAUACUUUCACAAAGAGUGAGCUACUACAGGCUCAAAAUAAUCUUUCUGACACUAAAGACAAAUUAAGCGAAAAAUCUGAAGAGCUGGGCAGAACAGAAACGGCUCUGGAAACAUACAAAGCAGAUCUGAAUGAAUUAAUAGAAAGAAAUAAUCAGACAACACAGGAGUUAGAGAUCACAACCGCACAUCUUUCUGAAUGCCUAAGUGGGUGGGAAAAAACAAAGAUGGAACUGUCUCAUGCAAAUGAAUUAUUAGCAAAAUUUGAAGAAUAUCUCGACAAAUCAUCAAAGGAUUUAGCAUUAACACAUGAGGCCCAUAAAUCAACAAGAAAUGAGCUAGAAGAAACAAAAACUGUGUUGGUGGAAACGAAAGAAAACUUGAGAAUUUCACAGGAAAAGAUUGAAGAAAUUGCAAUGUUCUUGAAGGAAUCCACAGAGUCUCAUAAUGCAACCAAAAGCGAGCUUUUGAAUAUUACUGAAUUACUCUCACAAACCAACGAUUUAUUGAAGGAGAAGUCAGAAGAAUUACAUCAAACUAGUAAACUUUUAGAAACAGCCAAAUCGGACUUCUUGAGAGUAACAGAGGAGCUGGAUAAGUCGAAAGCUGAGUCUGACAACUUGAGACACCAGUUGGAGGAAACACUAAAGGGGUGGGAAUUGACGAAGUCUGAACUGUCGAAAACUCACGAAACGUUAAAUAUAAUCUCAAGAUUACUUAAUGACAGUCAAGAAAGAUUGGAGGCUUCUACACAAGAAGUAGUGCGCUCAGUGGAGGCUCACAACAUCACAAAAUUUGAGCUUGAGAUGACAACGAAAGCUCUCGUAGACACAAGACAGAAUUUAGAGCAAACACAGAGCGAGCUCAAAAGCACAACAGAAACCUUGACCAGUACACAGCUUGAACUGAAUGUUGUUUGUCAAAAUCUUGGAGAUACCAUGAAGAGUUUGUUAAAAACAGAAGAAACGCUCGAAAACACAAAGAAAACUCUUGAAAAGACAGAAAUGGAUCUUGAAAUAAGAUCGGAAGAAGUAUUAACUUUACUUGAUACAAAGGCAGAGCUUGAGUCUGCUUUAGAGCAAUCAACAUCUCUUGUACAUUCUAAAGAAGAAGAAGUGUUAGCUCUUUCAGAAUCUCUCAAAACCAUGACCGAAAAAUGCGAUGAUUUGACUAUUAAGUUAGAGAAUGCAACCAUAAAAUUGCAGGAGUCAAAUGACAAGUUACAACAAACGCGCUUAGACCUUUCUGAAACAAGACAAGAUCUCCACCAAACGAAGGAAACGCUCGCUACCACAACCAACGAUCUAGAACACCAAUUAACUAUGCUUGCUGAAAAAAAUCAAACAAUCCUGGAACAAGAGUCUACGAUACACCAGCUAAGCAAGAAAAUAGACGAGCUAGAUGAAGAGGUGAAACGGUCACAUUGUACAAUACAAAGAAUUGAAGAACAAUCAUCUGCCCAGCAUAAUCUGUUAAUUGAAAGACAACAAGUAAUUGAAGACCUUGAAGCUGAAAGAUUACAACUUCGAAAUAUUGUGACCCAACACGAAAAUUCUAUUUCCUCUUUACAAUCAUUGCUUUCAGAAAGGGAUACAAUAAUAAUGGAAAGGGAAGAGGACAUUAAAAUAAGAACUGAAAAGUUCAACGAGCUAUUGCUAGAAAAGACGUUAAAAGACCAAGAGCACGAACUAUUAGUUCAAGAAUUCAACCAACUUCGCUCAGUAUGUGACGAAAAAAAACUCCAAUUAGCAAAUGCGCAGGUGGUCAUCAACAAUUGGGUUACAGAAAGUAUUUCUCAAAACAAUACAAUUGAUGAGUUACGAGAUUUAGUUAAAAGAAAGGAGGACGAAUUUUCAUGUUUGCAGUUAUCAACACAAUCUGUUUUACACAAACGCAAAGAGGAGAUCAACAUCAUGGAAAUUAAACUGACAGAGGCUAAUAAUAACAUAUUAUCACUAACAGAAAAAGAUCAAGAGAAUAUGCUUAACAUUCGACAGCUCUGGGAUAAGAUAAAGGAAAGAGAUUUGCAUAUAGAGGAUCAAACUCGUGAAAUCAUUCGUUUAGAGGAGGAAAGAAGACAAUCUGACUUCAACUUUAGAAAGGAUGUUGAGUUAUUAAACAAGAUAAUAAUCGAUCUUGAACAUGCAGCAAAAGAGAGCGAAAAAGAUAUUUUCCAGAUCAAACAAAUCAAUAACGAUCUAAAUCAAAAGAAUAUUGCCUUAGAGCUGGAGUCCAAACAAAUCAAGAAUCAAUUCCACUCUAAACAAAAGAAAAUUGAAGAAUUGAGCACCAAGUUGCAAAUUGAGUUAAAGAGAAAUGAGCGAAAUGAAAAGCAAAAAUCAAACCUUGUAAGAAAUCUUAGAGACCGAACGUUGAACAUGACCACAAAUCUGGACCAAAAAAACAACUUACUGUUGCAAGAUUUAAGUCAAAAGAUAGAAGAAUUGCAGCAAAAAUAUGAAGAGGUUGUUGAGCAGAGAAACGAGUUAAAAAAACUGUGUCACGCUUUACAAGGAAACAAGAAGGACGUUCCCAGAAUUGCCAAAAACGUUGAAAACAAAUCUUUUGCAAAUCUUACGUUGAAAGCGUCACAAAAAACACAGCAGUAA